AUGGAUGAAGAAGUUAUGAUAGAACUCCAGUCUUGUAUACUCGGUUUAAAUAUAACAGAUUUAAAAGAUUUUGGUAUAAAAAUGAAGUGGCUCACAGUUGAGACAACAGAAGGCAAAGGGAAAUUCGAACUGAUUAAGACUAUUCGCACUGCUUUUGAAGACGAAGCCAGCGAGUGUGAAGAAAACGGUUUUUUAGACCUAGUGGAAAAAAUUAAAUCGCUUUUGUAUGAGCAAACUUUAGACAAAAGUAACGAAGACACAGAGAAAGCCGAGAAGAAUAAACAAGAACUGGUAGAACUCGAGACACAAUAUGAACAAUUGUCAAAGGCACAAGAGGAAUUAAAACAGAAGAUGCAACUAUUAGAACUUGCCCAGAAAAAGUCUAACUUGUCGAAUAAACCAACCGAAAAGCCCGAAGCCAAAGCAAGUACCAGUGGUGAAACUGAACUGUCUGGUCUUAAUGCAAGUAUUUUUCGAAGGGAGUUUAAGAUACAAGGUCAGAUUGGUGAACCCGGACAGAAAGACAAAUUGACCUAUCAGUCGUUAAUCUCGCAGAUCGAAACCGGGUUAAAGAAAGGCUAUACAGAGCCCGAAGUAGUUACUGCAGUUAUUCGCUCCAUUCAAGCUGGAUUACAACUACGCAGCUACUUGGAGGGACUGAGUGGAUUAACACUGCCAAAACUGCGUAAAAUGCUCCGUUUCCAUUUUCAGGAGAAGAGUGCCACUGAGUUAUACCAGCUCUUAGCGAAUAUUAGCCAAUCACCAAAGGAAGACCCGCAGUCGUUCCUUAUUCGCGCUUUGACCACUCGACAAAAGAUUGUCUUUGCAUCACAGGAAUCGGACAGUAAAAUUAAGUAUGAUGAAGAAUUGGUUCAAGGACUAUUCCUUCAUGCUGUCGAAACUGGCCUAGCGGAUGAGACUAUUCGUGCAAAGAUCAGACCCCUGUUAAAGAAUCCUUCUGUGGCUGACGAAGAUUUAAUCGAAGCGAUGAGCCUAGCUAUGUCGGCAGAAUCGGAGCGAGCUAACAAAUUUACACAAGGUAAACCGGUUAGACCGUCGACAAAGAUAUCAAAAGUGGAAGCUGGGGCCAGCGGUGAACCGAAGGAAAACAAUCCAAGUAACCAGCGGGAAAAUCAGAUCCUGGCUACACUCAAGGCCAUACAGUCAGAACUGAACACUGUUCAAUCGGAAGUGGCAAGCCUCCAGAAGAAAGUUGAUGACAAAGACUACCCCAGUAACCAUCCUCCUGCUGAAGGUGCAGCCAGAAGUGACAACAUGUCGCGACCCAGAAGUUUUUACCCCAGACAAUGUAAAUCGUGUUACGAAAACAAACAAAUGGAUUGCUCCCAUUGCUUUAAGUGUGGCGGACCCAACCAUACUGCACGCUUCUGUCGGUCGGGAAACGGCCGUCGGCUACCCCCGCGGGACAGGGAGUAGCCCCUUCAGUAAAGAACACGUCCCGCUAUUGUAACUGUUGUCAGAAAGAAGAAAGAAAUGUAAAUUUUAAACGUUGCUCCGCUUGUAAGUUGGUAUAUUAUUGUUCGACUGAAUGUCAGAAGAGACAUUGGAAUGACCACCAAUCACUUUGUAAAACUAUUCAGGGCUUACCAAAGCCACAGGGAGAACAUGUCAAAGGACUUGGUGAUAGUUGUGACUCUAGUGUUUUUGUUAGUCAUAUAACCCCUAAACAGCAAGCUGCGGUUGCAAGAUUAGUUGGUAGAAAAUGUUCUGUUAACUGUUGCCUAAAUAAUUUGAAAGUAACAGCCCUAUGGGAUACUGGAGCUCAAGUCUCUAUAAUUACCGAACACGUCUUGAAACAACAAUUGCCUGACUUGGAGAUACGGGAUAUUAACGAGUUACUGGGAGUGGAUUCUGAUCUUAAGUUGACCGCUGCUAACGGAACUACAAUACCUUAUAAAGGUUGGGUCGAAGCAAAAUUUCGGCUAGACGGUGAAAACGAGAAAGAAGUAACUGUUCCUUUUCUAGUGACGGAGGAACAUUUAGAUCAGCCAAUCAUUGGCUACAACGUUAUAGAAUUAUUAGUCAAAGACAAUGACAACCAGUCCAAGAACCUCAGUUUGGUACAGAGUUUAACCAGUAGUUUUGAAAAUUUGAAAGAAGAACAUGCGAAACAAUUAGUAAACCUGAUUGAAACGAACGAUUCAGAUUUCCUUUGUGAAAUUAAGUCAAUAAAACGGGACAUAGUCAUACCAAAGGGCACGACCGCCAGA